GUAUACCAUUUUUUAAAAUUAUUAUUUAAAUGUCUCUAUUAUCCUUGCCUUAAUUUAAAAGGUCAAAUAAUUUGACGUCAAUACUAUUGACGAAAUACUGUGCGUAUAUGUACCGCUUGUCACAUUUUAUUGAGGACACUGCUGUUUCGGCGGGCGGCCAAUGUUAAUUCCGAGAGGAGAUGAUUCCUGCCACGGUCUAGAUCGGACCACAAAAUGACAGAAAACGAGCGCCCCCACCUCCAAACAGUGACGACACCGCCGACGGAUUUAUGAAGAGCUUGUUUCAGGAAGAAGUUGGCGCCCCCGCUGCAAAAACAGUUAGCUUGUAGGCUAACUGAGAAAACAAUGAAAUUUCGUCUGUUUAGGAUUUUUGCGCACAAUUGGAUUUGAACAUUUGGAAAAUAAGCGACAUGGAAUUCAAUGUUCCCCUGUCAUCACUGGCCCUCCUGGUCCCACCACUAAGGCUGAUGUCAGCAGUGAUGUGGGAAGUGGUUCGCCAGAGGAACAUCAAGCAUUAUGGGAAGCUGGAGGAGUUUGUAUCCAUGGUUACAGACGCAGUUCCGGAGCUCAUGAGUAAAAGAGAGGGGAGACUCUUGUCAUUGGGCCUAAGGGCCAGGACCACUCUUGAAUUGUUGCGUUCUGAGCACCCAGAUGAUCUCAAAGCUGUUGAAACACACCUCAAUAGGAUCCGAUCAACUUGCAUUGAGGAGACAAAUGAUCCGAUAAUUGAAGCACCAGAGGCCAACUUCAUGAAGCUCGUGCAAGGCCUUAUUGAAGAUACUGAUGGCAGAGAACAUUUCCUCAAGAACGUGUUUCCAGUGGAGUAUGGCCCCGACUUCGACACGGCACUGGAGACGUUAGUUUGUGAAUUCUUCACUAGACUGGAAGAGCUUCUGCCAGUCCCAGAUUAUAAGCAGACUGCUUCUUGGCUUAGUGCUGCCCCUUCUGUUCUUGAGGAGUACAUACAGUGUGUAUCAACAGGGGAAGACCUCAAAUUUCUCCUCCAAAACAAAGAGUGUCAUGGAAAAUUGGGCAAAAAUACUAUUGCUCCUUUUCAGUCAGAUGAUCUUCUUAUCCCGUCGCUGUCUCUACCACCCUCUUUGGAAGUGGCCAUCGCAUCCCACCCGAGCGCUUGUGAUGAUGACCACAAUGUUCCUCAGAUAGUCAUGUUUGAUGAGGAACUGUCCACAAAUCCUUCCACAUCAAACGACUUCCCAGAUUCUCCAAAAAGACCUGAUAUCUCCUCAUCUCCUUGUCACAGACCGCAGGUAGUGACACACAAAUGUUCUGAAUGUGGCAAAUGCUUCAAGCAUCAUUCUGUCCUGGUGGAGCAUCAGAGAGUCCACAGCGGCUUACAGCCAUAUAACUGCUCCGAAUGUGGAAGGGCUUUCAGAACGGCCACGCUGCUGGCCGGCCACAGGCUGCGCAAAUGCAAAAACGCUGCAUACCUCUGCAUAAAAUGCGGUAACAGCUUUCCCUCAUCCUUGGACAAAUUCCGACAUCCCUGCCCUAAACGAGGACGUAACUAUAAUUGCGAGCACUGCAAAAAGACGUUCCAAAAGUCCAGCAGCUUGAAGGAACACCUCCUCACGCACGUUCAGAGCCGCCUUUUCAAGUGCAGCCAUUGCGGCGUUGGUUUUUCCGGCAUCGGCGACCUAAAGUAUCAUCAGCAGGUUGAUCAUGACAAGCCCUACCAAUGUAAGCAAUGCGGAAAAAGCUUCAUCUCCUCCAAGUGUCUGUUGAAACAUCAACAGCGCCACGAUGAGAUCAGCGAGAUGGAGGCCGCCAAAUUACUGAGCGGAGGUAAACACAGGAAAUGUGGCGCCUCUCAUCGUGUUUCGGCCUACAAAUCGGCCUACACUCGGGGACGGGUCACUCACAACUGUCCGCUGUGCGGAAGGAGCUUCAAGUAUCGCUUUGAGUUUCUAGAACACCAGAGAUUUCACACAGCUGUUAAGCCUUACAAAUGCUCCCAGUGCGGCAAAGCGUUCCGCACGGAAGCUCACUUGUCUGGCCACAGGAAGAGGAAAUGCAAGAACGCCGCUCACAUUUGCACCAAGUGCGGCUGUCAGUUUAGGUCUGUGCACGAGUGUGUCAGGCACCAGUGCGUACAGCUGCUGACCAAAUACGAGUGUUCUCACUGCGGAAAGACCUUCAAGAUGGCCCAUUUGCUGAGAAACCAUCAGAUGACUGAACAUCAGCUCCCCUAUAGCCCCAACCAUCGCUUCAGGUGCCGAUACUGUGACGAAACUUUCCCAGGGAUCAGUGAGCUUAAGUAUCAUCAACGGGUCGACCACGAGAAACCGUACCAGUGUCAAGAAUGCGGCAAAUGCUUCUUGUCCGAAAAGUGCUUGUCCAAUCAUGAGUUGCGCCAUAACGACGACAGGCCCGAGAGCUGCCCAGUCUGCGGCCGCGGCUUCCGAAACCGCUACGACUUGAAGCAGCACAUGCGCACUCAUACAGGAGAGCGACCCUACCAAUGCACUCACUGCUCACAGUGCUUCUCCACGGCCGGAGGCUUACGGAGUCACACUCGAGUUCACACUGGCGAAAAGCCUCACGUGUGCCCGGAUUGCGGCAAGGCUUUCUCCCAGAUGGGCGCGAUGCGUACCCACCGGCUCACUCACACUGGCGAGAGGCCAUUCAAGUGCACGGUGUGUGGCAAAGGCUUCACGAUGGCGCACAAGGUGACGGUGCACAUGCGCGUCCACACCGGAGAACGGCCAUACGUGUGCUCUCAGUGCGGGAAGGCCUUCUCUGAUGGUAGCGUACUCAAGCAGCACAUGCUCAACCACUCAGGUGUACGACCUUUCCACUGCCAGAUCUGUCCCAAGACCUACACCUGUCUCAACCACCUAAGGAGGCACCUCAAAAGUCACUCGAGCAUGAACUGACUCUGACGUUGACAGGGAUCAGUGAAACCUGUUAAAACUCAUUGAUAUUUGCACACCUUGUGAUCCGCCAGCCGGAGUGUUUUACCCAAGCUUGGAUGCCAUUUCUCUGUGACAUUAAGCUCCAAAGUAUAUAUUUAGAGGAGUUUUCAGAUUUUGCACCAAAACUGUAAUGCAAUGUAUCCCUAUAAUGGUUAAGGACUUCAAAUUAAAUUUACCAUAUUUUUCGGAAUAUAAGUCGCACGGCAGUAUGUCGCACUAGUCAAUAAUUGCGCAAUGAAAAAGAAACGAAACCCGAGUUCGACUGGAGUUUAGGCCAUGUGUUUGGGGGUGAAUUAUAUUUCAUCAGAGACCAAGAAACUUGAAACUUUUUACAUCAUAGUGUUAACAAUAAAAUUAAGAAUAAGAAGCUAAAUAGGCCUCUGCUAACAUAACCUAUUGGUAGUCAGCUAACUACAGCCUAAACAUUAUAACUUGUUUACCAAACUUUCCAAAUCCAUUGAAAUCUUUAGUAUCACCUCUGAGUAACUGCAAAUGCUAGACGCGCCCUUCUUACGUCAGACAAACUAUAAAUGUGGCCUAUAGUCUGGAAAAUACGGUACUGUCCUUUACAGCAGCAUACACUAGAGGGCAGUAGCUACAUUUUGAUACUUCGGAUCCUGGUUUACAUUGGCGGGAAUCGAGGAUUACACUGUUUAUCCUUGAAUGGCUUGCUUAUUUUUAAAUCUUCACUGAUAGACGAGUGUGUGAUUGCUUGCUGAUGUAUCACAAGUUCAUCUGGCCCAUUUCCUGCUAUUGCAGUUGUUUGGCAUGUGUCGGAAUCUUGAUUGGACUGCCACUUCCUGCAGUUCUGACUGGCGCCCUGUUGCAUCUGCCAGCAGAAUAAACUGAAGAAAACCAAUCACUUUUAGUCAUUUUAGCAUCGACUCGCAUGAAAAAUAAGGCUUUCACAGGAAUUGUAACCAUCACCAUGAAUAAUCUCUUCCAUCUGUGGUUUUUUUAUAAGGAGAAAAAAAUGUUCUCAUUUUUUCCCCCGCUUACUUGUUUCUAUUCAUAUGUUCCACUGAACAGUAGUUACUUCUAAAUCAUUAUUUCAUCAUCAUUUUCAAACUUAAUCCCUGUUUAUAAUAAAGCGGUACUGUGUUCAGCCAUUUUCUUGUCCCAUAGUCUCUGAUGUGCUACUCAUCCUGUCUGCUUAAUGUCAGGUUCCUGUGGAAAUUCAUUUUCUCUGCCAAAUACAAUGUCCAGAAACGGCCUUCCUGAGUUUUAAAAUGUUGGCCUACAUGUUGUGUUUUUUACUUUUAGGGGCACCCCAGGUUCCUAGUUUGCCUGGAGUAAUGAUAAUAACUGCCUUCCUCGUGCUUGUAAAGACGCACUCCAUUUUACCUUUUGAGCGCCAUUUGUUACGUAACUGAAAACAAAACCAACUUUUAAUUUCUCUAUUAAAUGAGAGUUGACUGUUGAUUAAAGAGAAAUGUGUAUGGAGACAUUCUGAAACACAGGCAUCACAAUUUAUACAUGCUGCCAUAAAACUGAUUUAUUAUGAGGACUGGCUCGUAAACACAGAUCAUUACCAGAUGUCCCCCCCCAUCUUCUCCCUCCUUACAUCUGCUCACUGAGAGCAACUGUGUGUCUCCAAGAAAAGUGAGCUCAGUGGAAAGAAUGAGUUCAAGACAGUCUCAUCACACAUACAUACAUGUCCACAGCAACUAUGAAACAUCCAUCCUACUCGACACCAAGCCAAUUUAACCCAAGUUUUCUACUCUUCUUAAGGAGUGCCUGCCCCAUGGAAUGCUUCUAAUAGUAGUGCUCACGUGGGUCCAGAAUUGGAGAACUUCUGUGUUUCUAAAUGCACAAAAAAAAACUUUACCUCACUGUUGUCUGCUACAUGUAAAAUUAUAAUUAUAGUUGAUUUGAUAUUAAGAAUAUUUGGCAAAUUAUCGGUAACGGGCAAAUACGUACUAAUAUUAGCUUUUUCUCAGGAGUAGUUAUAUAGGUGUUAUCUCGAAUCUUGCUAUUUCUUCUGACAAAGCGGACAAACUUUGUGAAUAGGUCAAGAAAAAACAUCACGUAUGACAGUUGCAUGAGGUAGACUAAGGUAGACUUUAAAUCAAGGCAACUAUUGUGUGAUAACAUGAAAAUAGGAUUUCUCUAGCCAUUCUUUUGGAAAAUUGACCUAAGUCUAGUGUAUCGUGAUUCAUUGCUUUCUUUUUUUCUUCUACUACGAUUUAUGUUAACAGGGUUGUGUGUACUGUACGUUGUGGGAAACGUGCUCCAUUAUCAAUAGUAUUUGAAUUAUGUUUAUUAUAACAAUUGUUUCCACAGUUACAAGACCGCAAUAUUACCGAAAAAAUGUAAUGUACAUAAAAUUAGUUUUUAUGUCAGAUUCACUUGGGUCACUGGUGGGCGUGGGCAAUAGAAAAAUGGCAUUGGCUACACUGUACUCAUUUGAAAUAGUUUAAGCAAUGUAUUUUCUCUUUUUAUGUAUACUAGGAAACAAUGUUUUAUUUGAUGGUUGUUUAACAAUUUCAUGCACUAUUAAAGAUAUAUAUGGCGGAAAACACUCAGGUGACUUGAAGUUCUGCUCUGAGACCCACAAUUUGGCCAAAUUUCAAAAUUUUCCUAUACAAGUAUAUUUUAGAUUCAUACAAUACAAAAAAAAGUCAACCUUCAAUUAAUUAUGUCAGCUAUGCACUCAAUACUUGGUCGGGAAUCCUUUUGCAGAAAUGACUGCUUCAAUGCGGCAUCGCAUGGAGGCAAUCAGCCUGUGGCACUGCUGAGGUGUUAUGGAGGCCCAAGAUGCUUCGAUAGCGGCCUUAAGCUUAUCUACAGUGUUGGGUCUGGUGUCUCACAACGUCCUCUUCACAAUAUCCCACCCACAAUAUUCCAAAAUUCUCUAUGGGGUUCAGGUCAGGAGAGGUGGCAGGCCAAUUGAGCACAGUAAUGCCAUGGUCAGUAAACCAUUUACCAGUGGUUUUGGCACUGUGAGCAGGUGCCAGGUCGUGCUAAAAAAAUAAUCUUCAUCUCCAUAAAGGUUUUCAGUAGAUGGAAGCAUGAAUUGCUCCAAAAUCUCCUGAUAGCCAGCUGCAUUGACCCUGCCCUUGAUAAAACACAGUAGACCAACACCAGCAGAUGACAUGACACCCCAGACCAUCACUGACUGUGGGUACUUGACACUGGACUUCAGGCAUUUUGGCAUUUCCUUCUCCCCAGUCUUCCUCCGAACUCUUGCACCUUGAUUUCAGAAUGACAUGCAAAAUUUGCUUUCAUCUGAGAAAAGUACUUUGGACCACUGAGCAGCAGUCCAGU